CCAACUCUUUUUUUUUUUUUUAAUAACAAAAGUCUUUUACAAAUUUAAUUUAUCCAAAUACUAUUUUGCUAAAAAAUAUUUCACAAUAGACUUUCACAAAUAUGAUUUACCAAAUACACUUGCAUUUUGAAAAACUCCAAGGACCUUUAUAUCUUCUCAAGGACUUUCCCAAAAGUCUUCCUAAUCGAACCCCACAUGCUGCAUUGAGAUAAAGCUUUACUCUUGUGGAAUACUCGCUCAUUUAACUAUCAAAAGCAAGUGGAUCUUCUACUGACUUGUUUAUAAUCUUACCACCGCCGAUCUCAGCUCGCAUUUUCCCGUAUUGUUUAAACAGGACUCUCAGAAGAAAAGCCAUAUCUGCCAAUGGAGGCAUGCCUUUACCUUUCUAUCAAGAAGUAGCGUGUGGGAUUCUUGCGGCAGCAUCAGCAUCGUUCGUCUUUGCUCCGAGAAUAGAAAUAGAAAAGCUUAUUGUGGAUGAUGCUGCUUUACCGGCUGUACAACGCGUGAAUUAUAGAAGCGCUGGUCACGCGUUCUCUUGCAUUGUUAAAAAGAAGGGAAUCUCAGCGCUGUGGAAGAGUCGAGACAGAGUGACGAUGAGCACAUUAAAUUUCACGACCUUCCUCCUGUCAUAUAAUCAAUCGUUCUGUUAUCUUAAGGAUUCUGUUCACCUUAACGAAUCAUGUGCACGCUUAGGGGCGACUCUGGUUUCGGGGCUCGCCACGCCGAUCUGCAGUAAUACAUUCAGAAAUUUUGCUGCCUUCAUGCAAUUCAUCAAAUCCCAGGCAGGUCAGAGGCCUCCUCCCAUGAGCUCCAUUGAUUGUGCCUUCAACAUCCUGAAGUUCGGAAGACAUUUCAAUUUCUUCUCAGGCCUCUCUGGCUAUCUACUCACUUGGUCGCCUUUUUUUAUGGUGCGAUCAGUUCUAUCGAUCAUGGUUCCAUCAGUUCUUUCGUCGUUCUUUUUUCAAGAUUAUUCCCCUUUUGAGUUACUAACUUCUGCAGAAACGCUCGUGCAGGCCCUCUCGCUAACGCGAGACUCGCUCCAGGAAAUGGAGGAGCUCAUCGGGUGGUAA